CCUGCAGCAGACUGAGAGCGUGAGCCACUCAGCCCUACCCAGCUUUUCACAGCAGCUUAGCAACAGAUCGCCAUCAUGAGUGAGGCCAUCAGGAACUCUCUGGAAAAAGUCCUCCCACAGCUCAAGUGCCAUUUCACCUGGAACUUAUUCAGGGAAGGAAGUAUGGCGACUCAUAUGGAAGAAAGGGUGUGUAACCAGAUUGAUUUUUUAAACUCUGAGGACAAAGCGACAAUGUACAACUUAUUGGCCUACAUAAAACACCUAGAUGGUGAAAACGAAGCAGCCCUGGAAUGCUUGGGGCAAGCUGAAGACCUACUGAAGCUAAAGCAGGAUGAGAAAUCAGAAAUCAGACAUCUGGUCACCUGGGGGAACUAUGCUUGGAUCUGCUAUCACAUGGGCCGCUUCUCAGAAGCUCAGGCUUAUGUUGACAAGGUGAGAUGUGUUUGCAAGAAGUUCGCAAAUCCUUACAGCAUGGAAUGUCCAGAACUUGACUGUGAGGAAGGAUGGACACGUCUAAAGUGUGGAAGGAAUGAACGAGCCAAAGUGUGUUUUGAAAAGGCUCUAGAAGAGAAGCCUGCUGACUCAGAAUGCUCUUCUGGGAUGGCAAUUGCCAUGUACCGCCUAGAAGAAAGCCCCGAGGAGCAGCACUCAGUCGAUGCUCUGAAGCAGGCCAUGGAGCUCAAUUCCUCCAACCAGUAUGUCAAAGCUCUCUUGGCCCUGAAACUGCAGAGGAUGAGAGAGGAAGCUGAAGGGGAGCAAUUGAUUGAAGAUGCCCUGGGAAAGGCUCCUAAUCAAACAGAUGUCCUCCAAAAGGCAGCCACCUUUUACAAGAGAAAGGGUAACCUAGACAGAGCUACGGAAUUCCUUAUGAGAGCACUGAGAUCCACAGCAAACAACAGUCCCCUGUACUUCCUGAUCAUGUGCCAUUUCAGGAAACAACUGCAGCAAUCGCAAGAUACAGGAGAUGCUGAAACCAGCGAGAGCAGAGAGAAGAUGGAUGAAUUGAAAAGAUUAAUGAUGGAGUACAUGCACAAGGCUCUGCAGAGGAGGCGAAGUCCUCUGAACUCCUACUCAGAUCUCACCGAAUUCCUGGAUGUAGAGAGUUGCUAUCAGAUGGUCUUCAGCAAGGAGAGCCCUAGCGCUGAGGAACAACAACUCUAUGAGAGCUAUUGCAACCUCCAGGAGUAUCACAGGAAUUCUGAAGACCUUGAUGCCCUGAAGAAUUUAUUGCAGUUUCCCAAAAAUGAAAAAUAAAUCAAGAACAAAAAGGUGAAAUGGCAAACAGAGAAUGCAGAUACUAACCUGUGGUAGAAAAAUGUGCUGGAUUCUUGGCAUCCCUGGGGAAUAAAUCAGAAGCUGGAUUGGGGUGGGAGGAGGAAACACACAAUUUAGGACACAGGCUGUCUUUUCCUGACAACAUCUGAGCCUGAGGACAAUAGAAAGUGUGUCUUUCCACUCUGCCCUGUGAGAGGUGUGCUCACUUUUCAGUCACAAUUUUUACCCUGUAAUAUAUGGCAGCAGGCAACAACAGUUAUUCUUAUUUCUUCAUUCCAUUUCAACACAGCUAUCUAAGCCUGAAAGGUUCGCUUUUGCCUAACCCUAGAAUAUUCUUUGCACAUUUUAUUUUAUUUGCACUCUUUUAUUUUACCACACAUUUGUGUGUAUUCCUGACAACGGUCCAAAGGUGAAGAUGUGUGCCAAACUGAAAUGCUAUAAUAAAUCUAAAAGUUUUCAACUCAAAAA